GCAGCAGAAGCCUAGAAAGUCGGAGGCGGGGGAAAAAAGAAAAGAAAGUGGAGGCGACCCUGGGAAGCUUGAAACCGUUGUCUAUUUCCCGUCCUCCAUUAGGGUUCCCGAAAAGUCGCCAUGACCACCCUCCAAGCCACGAAGGAUCCCCUUCUCCGAGGUGUAUCUCCCACUCCUAGCAAGAUUCCAGUACGGUCUCAGAGACGCCCGCCUUUCCCCACAGUCAAGCAGGACUCCCUGGACCAGGAGAAUCAAGAUCCAAGGAGACUGGUGCACAAGCCACCAUUCAAUAUUCAACGCCCUCUUGUUGAUUCAGCAAGCCCCAAGUCGAAAACUACACACCAAAUAGAGAAAUCACAAAGAUUGGUGGGGAUCACUCAAUUCCGGAACCCUUUGGAGGAGCUCAGACCUAGCCCUGGGGGACUAAAUGUGGGGCCUGGGCCCCCUUGCCAAACAGAGGCUUCAGGGGCCAUAGAGUUUGUGGCUGACCCUGCAGCCCUGGCCACCAUCCUGUCAGGGGAGGGGGUGAAGAGCUGUCCUAUUGGUCGCCAGUCCAGUCUGGCUCAGAGAGUACUGAUUCGAGGAAGCAAGGGAGGCACCAUCCGAAGGGGUCAGAGUGCUCGGGCUUCUGCAUAUAUGGCCCCCAGGACUCCCAUCCACCGACUGGACUCUGCCAGGGCUUCCUGUUUCUCGAGGCUGGAAGGACCAGGACCCCGAGGGCGGACUUUGUGCCCUCAGAGACUAGAGGCUCUGAUUCCAUCUUCAGGACCUUCCUUUCACCCCUCUACCCACCCCAGUUUACAAGAGCUAAGAAGAGAGACAAGUGGCAGCAGCCGGACUUCAGUGAACCAGGCCUCAAGAUUGCUCCUGGAGACCCCAGUGCAACCUACUUCUUCUCUCCCUGAAGGAAAACAUGAGGUUGUUCCUCACUCGGAUGAAGGAGGAGGAGCCCUCCUGGGUCUGGCCCAGCGAGUACCAUUGAGAGAAACCCGAGAGAUAAGACUCACCAGGGACAACCGUGACUCACACCUGAUGCCCUCUCCUGGCUCUGUAGCCCAGCCCAUGCCUGGUCGUGUGAUGACACCUUCUGUCCCCCGCCCUUCACCUUUUGGACGGGCUCAGCGUGUACCUUCCCCUGGCCCUCCAACUUUGACCCCAUAUUCAUUUUUGCGGCGUCUUGCCAUUCGGCCCAAAACACAAUUCACACCCAUCCGAUCAGCUCCCAGAGUUAAGCAGACCCAAUGGUUGAGUGGCCUCUCUCCUCAGUCCUGCGCUGAAGAGCCUGCCAUGCCCUGGGAGCGGAUUGCUGUACAGUUAUUUGACCAGGACAGUUGUGUCAGGUUGCAGGAGGGUCCUGGGAAUCCAACUGUGGCAAGUCCUGCUGGACCCCAGCCUGAUAGAACCCCUAACCUCCAGGAGCUAAAGAUGCAGCGCAUCAGUAUCCUGCAGCAGCUGUUGCGACAGGAGGUAGAGGGGCUGGCAGUGGGCAAGUGUACUGCCCUUAAUGGAGGCUCCUCUCUGGAUAUGGUUGAACUUCAGCCACUGCUGGCUGAGAUUUCUAGAACUCUGAAUCCCCCAGAGCAAAAUUCUGAAACUUCCCACCUUUCUGGACUGUCAAAGCACUCUGGGAUGCCAGAGCUCUGCCUUCCAGAGGAGUGUGGGGAACCACUACCCUACUCUGGGGCAGAGGCUGAGGUGGCUCAGCUCUGCCCUUCAGCACAGCCAGGGCCCCAAGAGUCCUGCUGUAGUACUGGGCCAGAGACACCAGAGUCCUCCUCCCAGGAACAGUCUGAGGUCCCAGAGCCCUGCCCUCCAGCACUGACUGCACCCCUUCAGUCUAGCCCCCAGGGGCAGAUUGAAUCCCCAGAGGCUUGCCCUACGGGAGAACAGGGCCCAUCAGUAGCCCAUUCCCUGGACCCUAGAAGCCCAGAGUCCAGCCCAUGGCCCUGCUGUAGUCAGGGGUCCCUGGCAACCACCAGCCUGACCUUCUCUUCCCAACGCCCACUUUGCGCCAGCCCCCCUAUCCACUCACUCCAGUCUCCAAGGCCCCUGACAGGCCAGACAGGCCCCAGCAGUCUGGCCCCUCGAACUCUGGCCCUGAGGCAGCGCCUCAAAGCGUGUCUCACAGCUAUCCAUCGCUCUCAUGAGGCCCGCCUGGAUGAUGAGUGUGCCUUCUACACCAGCCGAACCCCUCCCCCAGGGCCCACCCGUGUCUGCACCAACCCUGUGGCUGUAUUGCUGGAAUGGCAGGAAGCCCUGUGUUUUAUUCCAGUUGGUUCUGCAGCCCACUCACCAUCAUGA